GUUUUCGCUUAGCUUUCGAGGAGUAAAGUCAAGAAACAGGAGAAACGAUGAAGAAUUUUUUGACUUUUGCAGUAUUGUUGAGCGUUUGUUAUUUUGUGAAUGCAAACCCUCAAUUUUUUGGACAAUCAUUUUCAUCUUCAAGUGUUGUUAACCCAAAUGGUAAAGUUAUUUCGAAAAGUAUUUACACUGACAGUACUGGAAGACGCAUUGUGAAUGGUGGAAGUGGUGGUCCAAACAGUUUCUUCCCUUCCCUCUCAUUCCCAUCACCAAUAAACGAGCUUGUACCACCAAAUCUUCCUGGACAAUCUGCAAAGAAUCAAUAUCGUCAGCAACCCCAAAAUCCCGUCUAUCAACCCACCCCAGCUCCAUCUCGAGUUACCCGCCCUACAUCACGACCACCCACAACACGACCACCUACUGCUCGUCCAACUACUGCUCGUCCAACAUUUUCAAGUGGAAAAAUUCCUAGUGGAAGUAAAUCUGACGGAUAUUACGUUCACGACAACUCAGGUGCUUACAAACACGACGAUCGUGGAAGAUAUAUUUGGAAAAUUUAAAACUAAAUAUUAAUUUUCCGAACCAGAAGAUACUCUGAGAAUUGCUGAUUCUCAACACCACUUGAGUAUCCUGUUGAUGCUUCCAGAGAAAAGCCGCUGUUCAAGAGUCGGGUAAUGACUUGGAUGGAAUUUAACUUGCAAUAGCCAUUAAGUGGAAAUCUGAUGACUUGUCGUCCCUCAAAUUGAUUCCACGCAACACCAGAUCGCGCGUCGAGAAUUGCUUGAUUUGUUUCUGGGAAGAUUUCAUCAAGAACGCUUCGUUCCGAUGACAUCAAAAUUCGUUCACCCAAGUCAGGUGAAAUCUGUAAAGCGACCACUUCAAAGUUAUCGCUAUUUGUCUUUUUGAUGGCUAACUGCUUUGUUCUAUUUGGCGAUGGUGAACGUGAUGUAGAUGUUUUGAUUCCAUUUCGCAUUCGAUCUCGUUUCAUUUGUU